GACUUCUACAUAAUACACCGCAAAGGUUUCCCCAAUUUGGAAAAUCCAGAAACUUCAGUGAAUUACCUGUUUCUCGUUAACUUCACUUUCUCAUCUUUCAAAGUUUUCGACUAUGAAUCCGAGCACUGACAAGUUGGUGAGGAGAACAACAAUGGUGGCGACGGUUACUGCCGGUUAUUUCCUACUAACUGCUGAUUAUGGCCCCGAACCUAAUGUUCUUGAUCCCAUCAAGAAUCGCAUACAAUCAGCAGAACAAUCAGUGAAGAGAUUCAUCUUUGGAUCUAAACAAGGAAUUCAAGAACCCAAAAAGGCAACAGAGAAACGUUCAUGAUCUUUCUGACAACACAACCAGUGUUUGGAUUCACUUUUCUUCUGCAGAAUACAAAGGAAACAACUCCCAAAUAGCUCUCAUAGAGAUUAGGAACUUUCUUUCUUCUCUUUUUGUAUGAUAUUUGGUGUUUUUAUUUCUAUAUAGUCUUUUCCUCUUGGACUUUAUUUGCAGUUUUAACCUCAUGUAUGUAUCUUUCAUAUGCUAGUGUUAAUGUAUUUUACUUUUCGUGUAUAUUGAUUCUGUAGCCUUGGGAUUUUUGUGUACACAAGGCCAUAAUUUGUGUAUAUGGAUUCUAUGAGGGUUUUGGAUUUGCUUGUUAAAGAUUUGAUAUCUCAAUAGAAUCUCAUUCUCA